AUGGGCUUCUUCACCGACGCUUACGACCUCUUCUGCAUCUCCCUCGUCACCAAAAUGCUCGGCCGCAUUUACUACCACGUCCCCGGCUCCCCCAAACCCGGCUCCCUUCCCCCCAACGUCUCCUCCGCCGUCAAUGGCGUCGCCCUCGUCGGAACCCUCGCCGGCCAGCUCUUCUUCGGCUGGCUCGGCGACAAACUCGGCCGCAAAAAAGUUUACGGCGCUACCCUCGCCCUAAUGUGCGCUUGCUCCAUCGCUUCUGGACUCUCCUUCGGCUCCACACCGAAAUCCGUAAUGUCGACUCUCUGCUUCUUCCGAUUCUGGCUUGGAUUCGGAAUCGGCGGCGAUUACCCCUUAUCCGCCACGAUCAUGUCCGAAUACGCCAACAAGAAAACGCGCGGCGCGUUUAUAGCCGCCGUUUUCGCCAUGCAAGGGUUUGGGAUUCUCGCCGGGGGCAUUUUCGGUAUGGUAAUGUCGGCCGCGUUCGAGUCGAGGUACCCGUCGCCGGCUUACGAGGUCGACCCUGUUCGGUCGACCCCUCCAGAGGCCGAUUACGUGUGGAGGAUCAUACUAAUGGCGGGAGCCAUCCCGGCGCUCUGCACGUUCUACUCGAGGAUGAAGAUGCCUGAGACAGCUCGAUACACUGCGCUCGUGGCCAAGGACGCGAAGCAGGCGGCCUCCGACAUGUCGAAGGUUCUCAACAUGGAUAUCGAGGCCGAGCAGGCGAAGGUGGAGAAGAUCGAGAGGAAAUCGGCGUACGGGCUUUUUUCGCGGGAUGCCAUAGGGUGGAUUCCCAAGGCGAAGACGAUGAGUGCGAUUCGGGAGGUUUUCACCAUCGCUCGGGCGCAGACAUUAAUCGCGCUCUGCAGUACGGUCCCGGGAUACUGGUUCACGGUGGCCCUAAUAGACGUGAUCGGGAGGUUUGCGAUUCAACUCAUCGGGUUCUUCUUCAUGACCGUGUUCAUGUUCGCGUUGGCAUUUCCGUAUAAUCAUUGGAUAAAGCCCGAUAACCGGAUCGGGUUCGUGGUUAUGUACUCGUUGACUUUCUUCUUUGCCAAUUUCGGGCCCAACGCAACGACUUUUGUGGUCCCCGCCGAGAUAUUUCCUGCUCGGCUCCGGUCGACUUGCCAUGGAAUAUCGGCCGCGGCAGGGAAGCUCGGGGCAAUUGUUGGAGCUUUUGGGUUUUUGUACUUGGCGCAGAAUCAGGACCCGGCUAAGGCGGAUCCCGGUUACCCGGCUGGAAUCGGGGUGAAGAACUCGUUGAUAUUGUUGGGUGUUGUUAAUCUCUUGGGGCUUUUGUUCACUUUCUUGGUGCCAGAGUCGAAGGGGAAGUCGCUAGAGGAGAUGUCGGGAGAAAACGAGGAGAACAACGACGAGGGCGAGGGAGAAACGAGAAGUGCCGGGGCAAAGUUGCCAAUCGACUUUGUCCCGUCGAGACCAAUCGAAACGUCGUCGUACGCAUACCCUCCUCCACAGUUCUUGAUCGCAAGAAGCAAAGGAAAAACGAGGAAAAAGGCCGCAAGAAAACACAAUCCAUCACAGCCCAUAAACCUUAAAUCUUUGUUCCUUAGAAUGGAUUCCGAAGGGCAACGAAUUUCUUCGAACCCAUCGGCAAUGCUGGCGACCCUUUUAUGCAAAAGGGCUAAGCUGCACGAAGACCUCCGGAUUAUAGAAAAACAGGUAUAUGAUAUGGAGACGAGUUAUUUGCAGGAUCCAAGCCAAUGUGGCAAUGUCUUGAAAGGUUUUGAGGGGUUCUUGUCAUCCUCCAAGAACACUACUCUCUUGAAACGAUCGAGGAAGUUUCAACCUGAAGACAGACUCUUCUCAUUAUCUUCUGUCACGUCCCCGGCUGCUGAAGAAGUUGCAAGAGAUGGUGGAGUCUCUGCAAACGGACCUGGAAAACCGAGGAAAGGUAGAGUGCCGAGGGAGGCGAAGAGAAGGCAGUCUAGCGAAGCUGAUUUUGACUAUGAAGAGGAUCCUGAUUUGAUAUGUAUGAAGCAGUGUAUAAGUCAUUCUAAGAAGUAA